AAGCUAGAAGCGCAGUAUUCCGCUAAAACCAAAGCAUCGUUGAACAAAGUUACCGACAUGGGAAGUUUUUGGAUGAAGUUUUCUAUUCUGAUCGCAUUGGUCUUCAUGAUAGACAAUGCAACCGCGGUUUCCAAUUUGAAGUGGGUAAAGGCUUCCUACGGUGAAGUCCCGGCAUAUGCUGUAGCAGGAGGGGAAGACUUUCCAGGAGAGGUUCUGUACGUUGCCAGAAUUCAAUUGUCCACUGGCCUCACUCCUGGAAAAAUGGAUCAAUCCAGCAACAUGGCCCACGCAUCCUGGGGAGGAAAGGAGGAAAAUAGCUACCACUAUGAGAUCCUCACUAACCCAGGAUGGAAAUCACAUUUGGAAUGGAAAAAGAGCAGUGGCUCCAAUCCUCCUGCUAAUGCUGUUGUUGGAGGUUCUGAUAGCCGCCAGCCCGUCUACGUGGUCAGGAUUCUGUACUCAGAUGGCCACAUGAUCCCAGGUAAAGCCUCCUACACCCAAGGAUUGGCACACGUUGGUUAUGGAGGCAAGGAAUAUGUAGCAAGGGAAUGGUGGGUGCUGGUUGAAUACACCAGGUCAGGACGAAAGAGAGGGAUCUCCUCUCGCUUUGAAUACCCUGUUUUACAAAGUGUCAAACCCCUGAAGCGAGCUCCCAUUCGUGAACAGUGACGAGACCAUGGGGGGAAAAAUCAAUGAUUAAUCGGUAUUUAUAUUAGAAUUAAAAAAAAAAAAAAAAA